UAAAGAACGGGAGCGUCUCCAAGCUAUGAUGGCCCACUUACAACUGCCAACUUUGCAACCACAGUCCCCUUCCAAACCUCUGAGUUCUGGGUCCGGUGUCACCAUGUCCAAGAGCCUGCCACCACUGUCCCCUCAGAAGCCCCUAACGGCCCCUGUUACCUCCCCAUCCUCACCCCGGGGGCCUGCAGGACUCUGCCCCACAAGUGUGGGGACAAUGCGAAGACACCACUCAGACAAGCACCCCUCUCUCUGCUCUCUGUCUUCAGAAUUGAACCCAAAUCAUGAGAUGUACAGAAAUGCAGAUAUCAGGCCACCUUUUACCUAUGCUACUCUGAUAAGACAGGCUAUAAUGGAUGCAUCGGACAUGCAGUUAACACUUAAUGAGAUAUACAGCUGGUUUACACAGACCUUUGCCUACUUCAGACGCAAUGCUGCAACGUGGAAGAAUGCAGUCCGCCACAACCUGAGCCUGCACAAGUGUUUUGUGCGUGUGGAGAACGUGAAGGGGGCCGUGUGGACAGUGGACGAGAUGGAGUACCAGAGAAGGAGGUCUCAGAAGAUCACAAGAAGCCCAACGCUAGGGAAGAACCAUCUCUCCAGCCUUGCUUAUUGGACUGCUCUUAAUACCAGUUUACAAGCUCCACUGACUGAGAAUGCUCUGGCUGUAUUAAAGAACAGGAGCCCUGCAGGCCUGAUAGGCAGCAGUUAUUUGGGUCUGGUACACCGGACCAAGUCACUAAAACAUCUGGACCUCCAGGACACCAAUGGACAACGCAGCCCACACUCCACUUCACUGGCCCAGCUGCCCCUCGUUGUCAAGGAAGAGGAGACGCCACCAGUGAUUAAGAAUUUGAAGGAUAAAGAAUGUCUGAUGUAAUUGCUGACAACAGCAAAUCCCAGUCCAGAGAUGCAGCAGGACAUGGAGCAAAAGAAGGGACAUCAAUCAGAUCUGGAAUAACAAUAGGAACCUCAAUGAUUGAAUAUAGCUACAACUCAACAUCCUGACUCUGACACCAACGCCUUCUAACUCUGAAGCUGUCCUAAUAUGGACACCGUAAUCUGGAAUGGACUCCACCAGGUCAGAAACCUUACUGACUGGCCUUUGUUGCCCAACUCUAUUUUAUUGUUAAUAAGACUUACAUUCCAUGACAGUGAGAACUCUCAACUUCCAGUGUGUCCAGUUUGCAUUUGUUUCUCUAACUGGAAAAAAAUAUCCUUUAUAAUCACUUAAUGUAAUAAUGGCUCACAGAUUAUGUUAAUUCGUUUACAAUAUUAUGAGACGUGCAAACUAUUGCAUUGUAGUGAUUUUUUAUUCAUGAUGGUCUUCUCUGUCAAAGUGUUUUUUGCAGAACUGUAAACAUAUUAUUGUAACAUGCACCCAAGGAGUACAUCAAAACAAUAUAUUGAAUAUGAUUGCUUCUCUUGAAAUCUUUAGCCCACAACACAAAAAACAUGCAUACCAAACAUAAUAAAAUCUGAACGAGCCGCAGUGGUUUGACCAGGACCGUGUUCUUUAGGCACACAACAGAAAACGUUUUAAAGCGUAUUGCAAUGGAGAGUGUAAAUGAGACUUUCUUAUUGGACAUGUCCAGGUAUUCUAUCCCUGUUUCAGUCCAUUUUCUUCCAUUUGGUGCCUAAUGUGCACAACCCAGAUGCAAAUAUGUGAUUCGCAGAGAUACGUAAGCUUGUUUAAUGUUUAAUCGUUGUCUUGUCUUUGACUUGCUUCUAAAAGUAAGAGAUGUAAAUGUGACAAGUAUGUCCUAUGUCUACUUCUGUUUGGCUCAUGCAAUAUAGUAGUUACACAAAUCC